AUUAAAUUUUCAUUAGAGGCUUAUGGGACUUAUGGAAUGACCUUCCUAGUGAAGUGUAAAUAUUGCAGAUCUGGAUGACAUAUUUAUUGUCAUACACACUUAAUGAUUCAACCAGAUAAGAUUAAAACGGAAAUGGUUUUAUCAGAUGAUUUCCCAAGCUAUUGCCAAAUUUGCUGGUUGAUAAGUCCCAGACAAACGAUACAACGAUUCAGUCUUCGAUUGAGCGCUUGUGAGGCAAACGUACCCAAAAAAAAUGCAUCCGUUACAAACCGAUCCCGGUAAGCUCGUUGAGGCUAAUCUCUCCAGCAGACGCAACAGUAUUUUCAACAGACAGCUACUGAUUGCCGCAGAUGGUGGAGAUAUUGGUACAAUCAAAACCCUUAUCGAAUCCGGUGCCGACGUGGACUUUGUAGAUAACGACGGAAAUACGGCGUUGCACUAUGCGGCUUCGAGGGAUAGGCUUGAGGUGGUCAGAUUGCUGGUGCAGCAAAUGACGGAUGUGAACGUUGAAAACAAUUGCAACCGGAUGCCGCUGGAUCUUGCGCGGAAACGGGGCGAUGUUGUGAUUGUGGACGCAAUUGAAGAGCAGAUAUUGAAGAACUCACUAGCGGUUCUGAAGGAAAGGUGUCCAGGAAGGCAACAGCAGUCUCAUCUGAAGCCACAAAAGAUCCACUUUGUCGAGAAUACCUUUUCUGGAAAAUAUUUUACCAAGUUGUCGUUCAAGGACGUAGAGAACAUCUUGGACAUGUUGUAUACAAAAAGCGAAACUGAAGUUAUGUUUGGUGCAGUGAAAGUUGAAUGUUUAAGUGAAACAAUUAAGGAAAGUCUGAAAACAAACAAAACUUGUGUAUUUUUAGUUGAACUAAACGAACAGCACUGGGCAACGAUAGUUAAAUUCACUAACGCUGAUAAAAAAUCAUUUCGAUACAUUUGUUGCAACCACAAAGAUAGUAACCAUCAAGUGCUGUUAAAAGUUAUAAAAGAUUUGCAAAUAGUUGACCAUGAACAAUACAAUUUUCCACAAUGUAACGUCAAUGAUUCGGCCAUAAUUGCUACUAAAUGUGCCGAAUUUGUAUAUCACGACAAAUUGUAUGAUGUGAGCAAGCUUGAGAAAAUAAAUACCAAAGAAGAAAGAAUACUUUUUGCUAACUUGCUAAACGAAAAGAAAAGGACAGAGGAGAAAAUUCAAUCCUGUUUGCAAUCAUUGAAACAAUGGAACCAAACUUACGAUCGCAGCGAAUUUAAUUUCAAAAAUUCUAACAUUUUUGUAUUGUUUUUGGAAACAUUUGCUUUGGAAGACACUUAUCCGGUAUUCCCAAGUAAUGGUGAAGAAGAAAACAAAGACAUGUUGAAAAAAAUCAAGAAAAUUAAAAAAGAGUAUUUUUCGCACUUUUAUUUUAAACCCAAAAAUCACAAAACCGAAGGACAGCCAGAUUUGGGGCUCAUAAGUGAUGCCAGAAGUAGUAUUCUGCAUGGAAGUCGAAUCGUGACUUCUGAGGAUUUUAGUAAAUUUGUCGGCGAAGGAAUAAGCGUUAAAGAUUUUUUCCUCAAAUUGGAAAAGUUCACAAAUAAAAUACAUAAUAAAUUAAAAGGUAAAUGUGGCCUGGUGCAUCAUACUCUGAAGUGUAACUCAUUUUUAGCACCGAAAGAUUCGUUUAAAGAACAAGGAACAAAAGAAGGAGAGCAGGAAUUUCUUGAAUCAUUUGUAACUCAAUUGUACUCCCCAGAAAAAGAAUUAAAUUAUGAAAUGUUAGAGGAGCUAAUGUUUAAUUUAGCGGUUAACGUGAUUCCAUUGUUGGACAACAAAAAGCAAACUUUUAAGCCGCUAAGUUUAUUACGAAACAGACUAAUUCAUGACUUUCAUAAAUACAGUGAUAAUCAGGAGCGAUUAAGGGAACUAAAGCAUCUUGCCUUGGAUUUAAAAUCAAAACUCUAUAAAUAUUUCUACGCCAGCAAAAUCCAUAAUGCAUUGAAAAGCACUUGCCUUCACAAAACUAGCGAGCAAAUAAACUUUGAACUAAUUAGAACAUUGCGAAAUUUCGAGGAAAACUUCGCCAACAAAACCAACGUCGUUGCAGCAACAAACGCAAAUAGUUUUGAAUUUGUUUUUGAACAGUCUAUUUUUUCAGAAAGGAGGGAAGAAAUCGAAAAACUAGUGCAUCAAUAUUGCAAAUUUAUUAUUCCCAUUGAACAUGAUCUUGAAAAUAAAGGUGCUUUGACAGGUGAAGAUGAUGAUAACAAUUUAAUUAAUUUGCAAAAAAGAGAGCUUUUUGAGGAAUUCUUAAAAAUUAAAGAUAACUAUUCUCAACACUGUGAAGAUGUCAGACAGGAGAAGCUUAUUGAGUUAAAAAAUAAGUUAAUCAUCUUAGGUAUAAGUGAACAUACCAUCACCAAAAUCUGGGAUUGUUAUGUUAACAAUGACCAUGUUUUUGAAGCGGAUACUGAAAGAGAGAUAAAACGAAUAAUCGACAGUAUUGCCGUUAUAAAACAUGUGCUGGUGAAUCUCACGGUGCCUUUCGAAACUGUUAUGUCUUCAUACGAGAUGAACGACUACAAAAGGAUGAAAGAACAGGUCGAAGGUAAUCAUAACGCAGACGAUAUAAUAGAUAAGUUCAAGUGCCUUCCUAGAGGAAAUUGUUUAAUGAGUAUUGGUGGAGAUGAAGUCAAAAUCAAUGUUGUCACCACUAUUGUUGGGGCAAUGAAUCUUUUUUAUAAAUUUUAUAAUAAAUACCGAAUUAAAUUCAACAACGCCAUUGAAGCAUUCAGUGAUGAAUACUUUCUCAGCAAAUUAGUAGAAAUAGACAUUAAAUUUAAUCCGGAGACUGAAUUAUAUGCGUUUUUGAUAGUGAAAAAGUUGUUGCAUAUUGAGUACACUGCCCCAUAUAUUGUGAAGGUACUUGAAGCAUUUCCGAACGUUCUGAUCGAAAAGGAAGAUUUGAAGAAAUUACUCGAAAAUCUUUGCGAAAAAGAUUGUCGUCUGCCAUAUUUGACAACUUUGGUAGAUGUUAGAAAGUCCGAUUCAAAUUUCAAUAUAUUCGAGGAAAUUUUAUCUUUAACUUUUAAAAUGGACUCCCUUAGUUCGAAAAUCUUGAAGCAUGUAAUGCAAGGAGCAGACAAUAUUGAAGGAAUUCUAAAGGUUGCGUCCGGCGGAGCAACAUUGUCCCAACUACGGCUUAUUUUUCUAACAUUACAAGGAGUCCUUAUCGAGUUGAUAUUUGAGAACAAGUUCACAGUAGCAGAAAAGAUAGUAGACCUUGAAAUAAUGCAAACACUUCGAGCGAGUUCAGUGGAUAGAGAAUUGACCAUAAUUUUCAACGAUUUAUUAUUAUUGGCUGCAAAAAUUAAAAACUUUUGUGGUAAAGACAGAAAUUUGCCUAAAUUAUACCAACAAUCUUUAGAUUUGCUAGGAAGCAUUAAACAUCCCAGCAAUUUGCAGGUAUUGCUCAGCAUGAGCCGAAGAGCAUAUACGAAUCAGUUAUUGAAUGAACUGGACGAAGCCUAUAUGGAAUAUCAACGUUUAUAUGAAGAGAUCAUAAAGUAUUGCUUGGACAUCAAUGAUUUGCCUAAACACGACGCCUCUGAGUUGCUUGAAAAAGUUUUAAAGACAGAUAAAUAUUUGAAUUUGAUGAUCGAUUCCGACCACGAUCAAAAAUAUUUGACCCUCUCGAGGAUUAAAGCUUCCAUGGCAUUCAUACUAGAAAUUCAACGGAAAUAUAAAGCAGCACUGUGCAUUUAUAGAGAUAUAUAUUGUACUCUAAGCAGCUUAGGAGAACCUAAAAUAAAUAUUUCACGCUCACUUAAAAGUAUCGCAAGAGUGGAAAGUUUUAUUGGAAAGAUUUAUUGCGAAGAAAAAACAUACGACUCGUUGAAAAUGGCUUCUGAAUAUUACAUGGAUUCUUUAAUUUCAUAUAUCAAAUUGCUAAAAAUUUAUAACACCUUAUAUGGUAGCAUCCAUCCCACUAUUCAGGCCACAAGUAGGCUAGUUAAGUUUAAUGUGCUUAAGCCCCUUAGAAAUGUUUGCAUUCAUCUGGCACAGUGCCGAGAAACCGAUGAAGCUACUAGGAGAGAUAUUUACAAUAAAACGGAAAAACUUAAGGAAGAACUAAAACUAAUUGAGUGUUGAUUCAAGGCAGCAUCAGCUUUGGCCACUUAUUUAAAAAGCACUUAACGACGUUUUAAAUUUAUUUUAAGUUUAUGUUUAUAUAAGAAUCAAUAAGUAGACUUUUACAACAACCUAUAAAUUGAACAUUUAAAAUAAAUCAUAAAAAAAAAACAUUUAUAUUGCAACAUGUGAUUCGGUUUUAACCAUUUCUAAUGUCUUUUAUUUCCCUUAGCAAAUUCUGAGCUAUCAUGCGUGGAAUCUCAUCUCCCAAAUUUCACCGCCCCAUCUUUCAGUCGCGAAAUUCUCUGCAAAAAAAAAUCGCCUGCCUCAGUAGCCAUGUAAGCCGCCACAAAACAAAAUUUGCCAACGCAGUUUAACGGGGCGUAAUCCGUGGUCGGGUCCUAAUCUUCCUCUCCCGUUUUUCCCAUUGCGUUUUUUUUUCUGAGAAAACAAAAGAAUCUUCGGCGAGUGUGCGUGGACGAGAAAAAAGGAAGGGGUGAUAGAAAGAGAACGCUUUUGCUGGCAAUAACGGGAUACAAGAAGAGAUCUCACAAGCAAUGGAGGCGGUCGCUAUACCUUUUGAUAUUUUGAUGCUAGAAUCGUCAAAUGAUAGUUUUUUCUAUCAUUCAUUAACAACACAGACAGCAGUACAAAUCUCGCUGAUUGAUUUU